CACCAUCAAAAGCAGCAAAAACGAACGAAUUUCAUCUCAUCCAAGUCAAUCAUUCACUCAUUCCAUUUUAGGUUUAUUAUUUCUUUUCUUAUCGCUUAACACGUUUAAAGCAUCUCACAUCUAUUUCCCAUUUUCUUGAGGGGAAAGAAGAUGAGAAGAUGGACAUUGAUUAGGGGGUUACCACGCUUUGGAGGAUUUCCAGGAUUUCAAACACAGAAGCCAAAGAGACAUUUCCACUCAUCAAACGCACUGAACGCUGUCGCUAGCAACGUAAAACAUGUCAAGGUUCGCGUUGGUUCAUCAGGCACCGUGACGAUUGAUUUACAUAAUGUUGACAAGGAGUCGAGAGUUCCCUUAUUGGUGUACUUACCACCUUAUUCAACAGCCUCUGCAUGUAAGCCUGCAAAACUACCAAGAUUUGCCCAAGGAUGGCCGACGGCUGUGAUAAACUACCGUUGGCCUGGCUUCGGCCCCUUUGACCAGCAGCAGGCGGCUGCAUUAGUAUCUUCUGAGGGAUCGCGAGGGGAGGCUUAUGGCAAGUCUCAGUGGCCAACUCCCAUUCACGAUGUUAUCAAGGCACACGAUUGGAUUAUUCAUAACCCACGCCAUUUUCAUGAUGCCGGUCGGGACAUCUAUGUCGUUGGCUCGUACCUUGGCGCCUCGCUAGGCAUGGCGUUGGCCCUAACGGAAACCCAUCCACGUCGAGAGAUGGGCAUCCGUGGAUGUGUCGCUUACAACGGCAUAUACAAUUGGACCAAGUUUCUUUACCGACACCCUGAUUACGAUGAUUACAAAUCACCCACGUUACUCGAGGCAGUACUGUCUCGGGAUAUCCCAAAAUUUCAGGAAUUGAGGCGGCAGGCCAAAGAACUGUUCAGGACGACGGACUCUCUCUUCGAUCCUUACGCGAGCCCCGGCCUGUUCUUCCACAGUCCAGGCCUUCGCCCACCAGAAUUUUUUGACGACGGGAAGGACGGAAGCAAGGAGGUCAACGAACCAUCAGGUGCGGUCAAGUUUCCCCCAAGGUCUUCCACACUUGCGAUCCCGCAAACCCUGCUGCUGCACUCUAAUCCUCCCCCACUGCCAUCAUCAGUCAAACGGGAACUAGAGAGGCACGGCCAAGGAAAUCACAGGAACACCUUCAAAAGCCAGGCGUUCGAGCUCGCCAAGUCGAUGCGCAGCAGCGUCGUCAAAUACGACCUCAAGGAGCGCUACGGACUCAAUCACGAAGUGAGGGAGCUAGAAGCUGAGGCCAAAGAAUGGGUGCAGACCUACGAUGUAACAGACAGUAGCAGAGGCUAUGAUCUCAGCGACGAAGCAGAGGAGCUGGCUGCCGAAUGGUUGGAAGAUCUUAUACCACGGUAGAAAACCUUGGGCAUCUAAUGAAGAAACUAUUGAAUUGGAAUUAUUGCGUCUAUCUUGUCACUCUCAUGCUACCAUGUGCCUUAAAAAGAAGGAUGUAAGGAUAGGUAGAGAUCUUGACUAGGUAGAGAUGUUCUUAAAUACAAAACCACGAUGCAUCGCACUUUCCUCCCUGGCGUACCUGCCACCAUCUCUAGAAGAAGAAAAAAGUACUUAGGGUAAAUUUAGUAAACCGUCGUUUCACAGACUAAA